GCGUUGUUGCGGGACAUGGCCUGGAGCGACGGGCAAGGCAUGCUGCGCUACGGACGCAACGCAACAGGAAGCAGUGUAGGCUGCGGGUGCGUGCCGGGCAGCACUGCGGAGGCCAAGGCCGCCCAGGCCGAUGCGGAGCGAGGACUCAAGGCAGACACGGACCUGGUCGUCGAAGCCACGAAGGGCGGCAUCCUGCAAGGCUGGAAGGGUCACACGCAUGUCGUGGGCAACUUUGCAGUAAGAACUGCAGUGGCGGAGCAAGAGGAGACCCGUCUGAGGGUCGGGGAGGGCGGCCAAGGCAUCGAAGAGCGGGCAGGCGGCCUCAACUCGAGCACGUGCAUGCUGGUUGCAAAACGCUGGGCCCCCAACAGCAGCCCCGAGCAACGUGAAUUCGCCAUGUCGUCUGACAAAGCCACCGGGGAGGCCCCGCAGGUCAGCGCUGCUUGUGGGACUGGUGAUGAUGACCUCCGAUUUGGCUGGCUCCAGCUCGAGCCCAACAGCCGCGGCCUGGUUUGUGAGGCUGGGGAGGGCUUGGGAAGUGAGUCGGCUGGAGACGAAAGGCGACCCAUAACACCAGUCAGCCCAGCAAACGACCUCUGGCAGAUGCGCGCGAGCCUCACGGAGCAUUGCCGUGGGGUCGAUAGCAUUGAAGGCGUUGCGAAAAUCCAGUUUGAGAAGGAUUUUAUCCGCAUGGCCGGAGUUGCGGUGCAGCCAGUGCCGAGUGGCAUGGAUGGCGGCCUCGGUGCCGGCGGGCACCCCGACUCCAAGCUGCAAGGGCCACAGGUGGUCCCGGGCCUCCUCCCGGACAGACUGGCACAACAACUUAUUUACCAGGUGACGGAGUACUUCCCCAACAGCAAUGGGCCUUACCCCCCCGCUCGGCUUGGGGAGGGCGUGCAGGGUGCCGCCCGCAAGGUGGGGUGCAAGGGACGCAGGGGCCUCUCCCCUGGCAAGGAGGUGGCAAAGGGCAGCCAAGUGCAAGGCAACCUCAUCACUAUGCGCGGUGAGCAGAGCUUCUCGGAGAUGGUCUGCCCGGAGGCCG